AUGCCCCAAGUCAAACCAAAACUCAACGCCGAAGACAGGAAACGAGGCGAGAUCGCCCUCAGCGAAUUCGCCGAGUACGCUGAACAGCAGCAAGCGCAUCGCUCCGCCGUGCCGGUCGCGCCGAGCGAUAGCGGAUAUGAAACCGGGAGCAUAUCGCGCGAGGUCGAGGAACAUGUUGAGCUCGAAAUCCUCGAUCAGCUUGGUCUGUCCGACGCCCCGCGCACCAUCAAGCUGAAGGAGCUUCUCCUUGGGACCGGAGACUCGACCACCGAAGAUAGUCUGCAGGUGCUUGCGGGAACGAUACAAACGAGAAUUGACGAGGGCCAUGGAGAAACCAUAUUUGACCUGGGACUCGAGGAUGGCGGCGAUCCAAUGGGCUUCGACCUUCCACAGUGGGAAACGGCGCUCCAGCACCUACGGGAAGCCGCCGAGACUAUCCCCGCCCACUGCCGAGUACUUCUUACCUACAAUGUUGGCGGGCCCCAGGAAUCGCCCGUGAAAAACGAGCGAAUAAAGGGCGCCUGGGGAAAACUUUUGAUCCGUCAGGAUGCACCUAAUAUCGAGGAGGUGGCAGAACUUCGCAUUGCGGUCGUGGGCAACGUCGACGCGGGGAAGAGUACCAUGCUUGGUGUGCUGGUAAAAGGCAGCCUGGAUGAUGGUCGCGGGCGUGCGCGAGUCAACCUCUUCCGUCACAAGCACGAAAUUGAGAGCGGGCGAACCAGCUCCGUCGGCAUGGAGAUCAUGGGCUUCGACAGCCGUGGUGACAUUGUCGGCAACACCGCAGGCCGGAAGCUCUCCUGGGAAGAAAUCGGGAAGCGAUCUGCCAAAGUCAUCUCUUUCUCUGACCUGGCGGGCCACGAGCGCUACCUGCGCACCACCGUCUUUGGUAUGCUGAGCAGCAGCCCCAAUUACUGCUUGCUCAUGGUCGCGGCCAAUAAUGGCUUGAUUGGUAUGAGUCGGGAGCACUUGGGUAUUGCCCUGGCAUUGAACGUCCCGGUCAUGGUGAUUGUUACCAAGAUUGACAUCUGUCCGCCUCAGAUCCUGCAGGAGACGCUGUCACAAUUGACGAAGAUUCUGAAGUCGCCUGGUGCGCGCAAGAUCCCCAUCUUCGUAAAAGACAUGGAAGAGACUGUCAACACAGCCACCCAGUUCGUCAGCCAACGGAUCUGCCCUAUCUUCCAAGUCUCCAACGUCACUGGCGAGAACCUGGAGCUCGUCCGGACGUUCCUGAAUAUCCUUCCUCACCGUGGCCACUACGACCAGGAGGGUCCGUUCGAAUUCCUGGUCAAUGACACCUUUUCUGUCCCCCACGUAGGCACGGUGGUGUCUGGAGUAGUCAAGUCCGGCGUGAUUCACGCGGGCGACUCAGUUGUUGUUGGACCGGACUCCCUCGGCCAAUUCACGACUACUACUAUCAAGUCUAUUGAGCGCAAGCGGAUACAGGUGAACGCUUGCUUUGCGGGCCAGUCUGGCUCUUUCGCCCUGAAACGUGUCCGCCGCAAGGAAGUGCGCAAGGGCAUGGUGGUGCUAAAGAAGAUGGAGACCCCUCCCAAGGUGUAUCGGGAAUUCGUUGCUGAAGUUCUGAUUCUGUCUCAUGCGACGACCAUCAAGCCCAAGUACCAGGCCAUGUUGCACGUCGGAGCGGUCAGCCAGACCUGCGCGGUGAUCGACAUCGAUCGCCCCUUCAUCCGGACCGGCGAUCGCGCCCUCGUGGCCUUCCGCUUCAUCCAGCGGCCCGAGUUCCUGGCUCCCGGCGACCGUGUACUUUUCCGGGAGGGUAAAACCAAAGGCCUGGGCAUUGUGAAGAGCAUUGGAUACGACCCCACACAUCCUCUCAAUCCCAACGCAACCAAAAGCGAGGGCGAGGGCGAGGGUGAGGAAGAAGGCGGGAAAGAGAAAGAGGGCCGGAAAGAAAAAGAGAGGGAGAAGGGUGACACAGAGACGUGA